CUAAUCAAAAAUUAAGUUUUCAUAUAUUUACAGUGGGAAUUUUACAAAAUAUCUUCAUGGAACAUGAUCUUUACUUAAUUUCCUAAUGAUUUUUUGCUAUUAAAGAAAAAUCAAUAAUUUUGACCCAUACAAUGUAUUUUUGGUUAUUGCUACAAAUACACCCCAGCGACUUAAGGUUUUGUGGUCCAGGGUCAUAUAUGAGAUGCUGUCAAGUAUUACCAACCCGACUCUCUGAACUGACGGUCGUUCCAUUGUCACAGAUUUGAAAAGAAAUUGGGGGUGGAAAAGUACUUCCUCGUUCUGAUGAAUGCUGUAUAGGCGGGUCAUACACUUUUAACACACAUUUCUAUACAUUUUUCCAAGCAUAUACACGCCACAGCAAUAGGCCACGCUAAGCUGUCGAACAAAGCAGCACUAAUUAAUUUACGGCUGUCAUCAGUCAUGGAGGAUCUCUCUCGUGCUAACAGUCUCUUCGCUCUGGAUCUCUACCGGGCUCUGAGUGAGAGCAGCCCUGAGGAAAACGUGUUCUUUUCCCCACUGAGCAUCAGCGCAGCGCUCAGCAUGGUCUACUUGGGAGCCCGAGGAGACACUGCCAAAGAAAUGGCAAAGGUUUUGUUCUUCAGUUCUGUCUCUGAUGUUCACUCUCAUUUUGAGACCCUCACCUCAAAUAUCAACAGACCAUCAGCCACCUACAACCUCAAACUGGCCAACCGCCUCUAUGGAGAGAAAACCUUCAGCUUCUUACCUGAGUAUUUGGUCUCUACUCUGAAACUGUACCACACUGAACUUCAGGCUGUGGACUUCAUUAGAGCAUUUGAUGAGUCACGACAGCUCAUUAACAAAUGGGUGGAAGAGCAGACAGAGAAUAAAAUUAAAGAUCUUCUUAAGCCUGGUGUGGUAAAUGAGCUGACCAGACUAGCUCUGGUUAAUGCCAUCUACUUCAAAGGGACCUGGAUGCACAAGUUUGAAACAAGAAACACUAAAGAGAUGCCGUUUAAAAUAAACCAGAAUGAGAGCCGGCCUGUGCAAAUGAUGUUUGAGCAGAAAAAGUUUCCCUUCAGAUGCAUACAAGAGCAUAAACUGCAGGUGCUGGAGUUACCAUAUGUAAACGAGGAGCUCAGCAUGUUGAUCCUUCUUCCAAAUGAAACUCAGGAUGGCUCUGACCCUCUUCUGAAGCUGGAGAGCGAGCUGACCCUUGACAAGCUGCUUGACUGGACCAGAAGAGACAAAAUGGCCACAUGGAUGACUAUCAGAGUCCAUUUGCCAAAGUUCAAGCUGGAGGUUGAGAGCUCCCUUUCAGAAAUACUGCAAGAGAUGGGUAUGAGCUCUGUGUUCCAGGAAACAAAGGCUGAUCUGACAGGCAUGAGCAGUAAUGGUCGUCUCUUCAUUUCGGCAGUGGUUCAUAAGGCUUUUAUUGAGGUCAAUGAGGAAGGCACUGAGGCAGCAGCAGCCACUGCAUGUUUGUUAAUGCCUCUCUGUGGCAUUCCACCUAAACCCCAGAGUUUCAUAGCAGAUCACCCCUUCAUGUUCUUCAUCAGACACAACCCCACUAACAGCAUUCUCUUCCUUGGCAGAUUCAGAGGCCCAGUCUAAAUGUGACAUUUUUUCUGUUACAUGAAAAUAAACAAGAGUUUUUCUCUGAAUGUUA